CAUCGAAGCUCUUUCUCCACAAUUUGCUUUCUUUCCUAAAUUUGAAGCCUUUCUUCUUUAGUUAUACUAACGAUUUUGCCGAUAACAUGAUACUUAAAUUUUUAUUAUUAAAAUACAAGCAGACUAUUAUUAUUUAAUAUUAAAAUACAAGCAGACUAGAAGGCAAUAAACUUUGUAGUUCCGUAGAACUGUGCGUAUUUACGAUGCCGAUCUCGCAAGUUCGGAAAAUUUGAUAGGAAUUUAAAGACAUUCAAGUAACUAUCAAUACAUUUUAUAUAUUAAUUCAUUCAGGUCUUCUGCCUGCCGAUUCGAAAGGCAACAUCAACAUCUGUUCCGAUUCUGUAGCCACCACUUGCUCUAUAAAGUGCGCCGACUCCGUGAGUAUUUUGGUGCUGCCCCGGAUUCUGGUUCGGAUUUGGACUCGGGCUCCGAUGGUCGGAGGCGCUGGUGCUUUUUGCUUUUCACUUUCAGUUUGUCGAGAACUGUUUGUCUGAACGCCUCCAAAAAAGUUGAGCGGAGCAAAUAGCGGGACGCAGCUUGGGCCAAGUUUUUUGUGGCCAUCGUGCGUGCAGGAAAAAGCUGGGAAAAUAAAAAUAUUAGUUUUAAAAAGGAAAAGGCCAGAAAAGAAUUUCCCGAAACGAAAGCGAAGAAAAUGUACACGAAAUAGUGCGUAAAAUGUGCGGCUAACGGAAGAAGAAGGUGGUGGAGGUGGGAAAAGUUCAGGAGGCGACAAGUGUAAAAUGUAAUAAUCCGAAAAGAGUGCGUAUUGCUGCACGUCGACGCAACUGGAGUGCAGGGGAAACUUUUCAUAUCUCCGCAGUGAACAAUAAAAGCAAGAGCCGCAGCAGCCACAGCAAAAUGACAGCAAUAAGUUUAAGCAAUAAAACACAGCUAGCCAAAAGUUGCAGACAUGCAUUCGCAACAGCACAAUAAGGACGGGCAGCGGACCAGAGCUUUAAAUAGGAGUUAAUCAGCGGACUCCCCGCCCCAGAAGUGCGCCCAGAAGCCCCAACCAACUGCCAAAUAACAUAGGGAUCGAGCCGAGCAAGGGAGGAUCGCAGCGAGGACCGGAGGACAGGAGAGCCCAACGGUCAGCCGGGACACUGAAACAUUCCACCCCAUAGCAUGGCCUCGGUCGCCGCUUGGCUGCCCUUCGCCCGGGCGGCGGCCAUCGGGUGGGUGCCGAUAGCCACCCACCCACUGCCACCGCCCCCGAUGCCCAAGGACCGCCGCAAGACGGACGACGAGAAGCUCCUCAUCAACGUCUCCGGCCGUCGCUUCGAGACGUGGCGGAACACCUUGGAGAAAUAUCCCGAUACUCUCUUAGGCUCGAACGAAAGAGAGUUCUUCUACGACGAGGACUGCAAAGAGUACUUCUUCGACCGGGACCCGGACAUCUUCCGGCACAUACUGAACUACUACCGGACGGGCAAGCUGCACUACCCGAAGCACGAAUGCCUCACCAGCUACGACGAGGAGCUGGCCUUCUUCGGGAUCAUGCCGGACGUAAUUGGGGACUGCUGCUACGAGGACUACAGGGACCGGAAGCGGGAGAACGCCGAGCGGCUGAUGGACGACAAGCUGUCGGAGAACGGGGAUCAGAACCUGCAGCAGCUGACCAACAUGCGCCAGAAGAUGUGGCGGGCCUUCGAGAACCCGCACACGUCGACGAGCGCCCUGGUGUUCUACUACGUGACGGGCUUCUUCAUCGCCGUCUCCGUGAUGGCCAACGUGGUGGAGACGGUGCCCUGCGGCCAUCGACCAGGUCGGGCCGGAACCCUGCCCUGCGGCGAGCGCUACAAGAUCGUCUUCUUCUGCCUGGACACCGCCUGCGUGAUGAUCUUCACGGCGGAGUACCUCCUCCGACUGUUCGCCGCCCCCGACCGCUGCAAGUUCGUGCGCUCAGUGAUGAGCAUCAUCGACGUGGUGGCCAUCAUGCCCUACUACAUCGGACUGGGCAUCACCGACAACGACGACGUCAGCGGCGCCUUCGUGACGCUCCGCGUGUUCCGCGUCUUCCGCAUCUUCAAGUUCUCCCGCCACUCGCAGGGACUGCGGAUCCUCGGCUACACGCUCAAGUCCUGCGCCAGCGAGCUGGGCUUCCUCGUCUUCUCGCUGGCCAUGGCCAUCAUCAUCUUCGCCACCGUCAUGUUCUACGCCGAGAAGAACGUCAACGGCACCAACUUCACGUCGAUUCCGGCGGCCUUCUGGUACACCAUCGUCACAAUGACGACGCUGGGAUAUGGCGACAUGGUGCCGGAGACAAUAGCUGGCAAAAUUGUGGGCGGCGUCUGCUCGCUCAGCGGUGUGCUGGUCAUCGCCUUACCUGUACCUGUUAUCGUAUCGAACUUUAGUAGAAUCUAUCACCAGAACCAGCGAGCGGACAAGCGCAAGGCGCAGCGGAAAGCUCGCCUGGCGCGCAUCCGCAUUGCCAAGGCCUCGUCCGGAGCCGCCUUUGUCAGCAAGAAGAAGGCCGCCGAGGCCCGGUGGGCUGCCCAGGAGUCUGGCAUCGAGCUGGAUGACAACUACCGGGACGAGGACAUCUUCGAGCUGCAGCACCAUCACUUGCUGCGCUGUCUGGAGAAGACAACGGAUCGAGAAUUUGUCGAGUUAGAAAUUCCGUAUAACGGCCAGCCCAAGCGGCCGGGUUCUCCGUCGCCGAUGGCCAGUCCGGCCCACUCGACAAACAGUGCCGCCGGUCUGCUGCAAUCCUGCUGCGGCCGCUGCUGCUCCCAGCGCUACCAGGCCUGCGGCAAAUACAUGCCGGCUGCCAGCAAUGCUCAAAAUAGCCAAAACAAUCAGCCCAUGGACGGCACCUACCUGGUGGAGGCCUCUUUCUGAGUCGACGGCAGGUUCGCAUCCACAUCCUCAGCCACGGACGCAGCCACAUCAUCCCAAUCUAGAUCGAGAUGAUUUAUGUUUACGUUUAGUCUAACUUGAAAAGUUUUUAAACUAAAUUGAAUUCGUUUGUAGACAUUGUCGUGUGUGUGUAGUCGCCAAAGAAAAAUGUUGAAAAUACCGAGGGAAAACAUAAGCCGAAAUACAAGCGUAAUCUCUAAAAUCUGAUUUUCGAGUUUAACGAACAAGAUAUUUAAUUAAAUGUAAACAAUUGCCGACUCAAAUAGAAGCAUCUCUGUUUGUGUGAAUGUAAAGAGCACAUUAAAAAGGAAACAAGUAACAAAUGAAAUAAAAGUGCCGAACCCAGAUUCUGCGUCGGCAAAGUCGGAUUUGAUUAGCGAAGACCCGUUAAUGAAAAAACCAAAAAAAUUAAUUAUAAUAAUAUGCAACACUAUUUACUUUAUUUAGGUGACAAGACAACAACAGCAAACAACAGAAACCGAAGCAUUUUAGAGGAAUUUACUGUGUAUGUUUUAACAAAGUGAACAUAAAGUAGCAUAGAAGGCAAAAUAGUUUGAAGAAUGUACUAUGUAUAACCGAAAAAGGGCAGGGGUCCAAAAAACCAAAAGAACAAAAGAAAAACCGAACACAAUAAGGACAUUUUAACAGCAAAUGAUUUCUGUAGCCAGGAAACGAACAAAGAAAUGCAAAUUGACGAGAAAAUUAUGAAAAUAUUAAUACGAAUUCGUGUAUUUUUUAAAUGGUCCGUAGUUUAUUAGGUAUGAUCUUCAUCGACAAGUCCCUCAAUUGUUUCUCAUCAGCAAAUAUCUCUGUGCUAUCGCGAUAGCAUUUUUGUGACAACUUCGUUUUUUCCAAAAUAUAUUAUAUAGCGAAAAGGUUUCAGUUUGCCAUUCUCUCACCCUCUCUCCGAAAUACUCCAAAAUGAACUAAUCAAAAUCUAUGAAAAAAAUUACAACUUUCUUCCAGAAACUAAGUUAGCGAGGAAACCUAUUUAAAUGUAUAUGUGUGUGUAGGAAAGGCUUUAACGAAUUGAACCAUUAACUAACUGAACUCUUAGCAAAUUCUAACAGAAACUUAAAGUAUAUUAAUUAAUUCUAAAUUAAAAAUCAAACAUUUAAAAUUAGUUCAAGUAAACACUUAAAAAACAACUUAAAUAUGGAGCUUGUAUGUAUGUAUGAUAAAUUUAUUAUGAUUACUCUAAUUAUUAUUAUGUCGACGAAGAAUACGAUGAUAGUGUUGACUAUUUGUUUCUAACUCUCUAAGUUGCCUACUAAUUUCCCAAGAAAACAAGCGAAACUAACCAGAAUCACAGACUUUUGUUUAGCAAAACGAAGUUGUGAAUAAAGCGCAACAAAUGCGAUUAUGAUUAGAUCGAAAAUUAACAAAAACCACAUCAAGAAGACAAACAACAAUUUGGUUACUAAAACCAACUCUUGUAGCGAUAUUCUAAAAGAAAACCAAUCUAUCAAGUAAAAGAAAGUCGGGUUACAAACAAUAUCCGAAGGAGGCGAAUGACAUUUCUGUUUUGAUUUUUAGUGAUAUGUAAUUCGAAUUGAGUAACAGCAAAAACAAAUACUCUGCCACGGGUCUAUGAGAAUGAAAAAGCUAAAGAUUAAUAAUAAAUAAAAUAAAGAAUCUGUUUACUUCCACCAUA